CACACCUGCUUUUCCCUUCACCAAACCGGGAGCUCCUUUAAGACUUACUAUCAUGCGCGUUUAACCAACAUCCAUGCGAUUCUUCAGGCUUACCUUCAAGUGCUUUGUCGACUGCUUUUGAGACCCUUUUAUUCCUCGUCUGCCAGCGACGCACGUCAAUUAUUAUAAUUUGGAGAUCAAUCUUGUCGACGUUCUGCAGAAGAUCAGUUUCACCCAAACAAUCAGACAGCAACCCCACGGAAAAGUACCGCACAACGCGAAUUAAAAAAUAAUAAAAGGUGAAGAACCGUUAUUUGUUAGUUCUCGGGCGCGCGACGCUCCUGCUGGCCAGUGCGCGGCAUGUCGCCAGAAGAGCACUUCUCCAAUGAUGGCGGCACGUGUGAGGAUGAAUCUCAGGAGGAAGCAGAAGUCGCCCGUCCUUUGGUGUCAGAGACUGAGGGGUCCAGUACGGAGGUUGCUGAGCCCAGUGUUUGCGUGGGUUUGAUGAAGACCGGUGACCCCAACACAGAACUGGGGCAUUCAGAACGACAAACAUGGAGCAGGCAGAUGGACUUUAUCAUGUCCUGUGUUGGAUUUGCUGUUGGCCUUGGAAACGUCUGGAGAUUUCCUUACCUCUGUUUUAAGAAUGGAGGAGGUGUGUUUCUGAUCCCCUAUGUCCUGAUGGUGUUUGUUGGAGGUGUUCCAGUGUUCUUCCUGGAGAUUGCAUUGGGUCAGUUCAUGAAACAGGGUGGAGUCGCCACAUGGAACAUCGCACCUCUUUUUAAAGGGCUUGGACUGGCAUCAAUGGUGAUCGUGUUCUUCUGCAACACCUACUACAUCAUGGUUCUGGUGUGGGGCCUGUAUUUUCUGGCUCACUCCUUCACUUCCCCUCUGCCGUGGGCCACGUGUGGACACGAGUGGAACACAGUCAACUGUACCACUAACUUCAGCCGCGUGUGUUUCACUCAGUCACUGUCCCCUUCCCCUCCCAACGUCUCCUCCCUCAACACCAGUGCCAGCUGUCUGGAGCACACGGGUUUGCGAUCAUCUGUUAUGGAGUUCUGGGAGCGUAAAGUCCUACGUCUGUCUGGUGGUUUGGAUGAAGUGGGUGACAUCAGCGGUUACAUGGUCUUGUGUCUGCUUGCUACGUGGGUCAUUGUCUACUUCUGCAUCUGGAAGGGUGUUAAGUCCGCUGGAAAGGUUGUGUAUUUCACAGCUGUGUUCCCAUAUCUGGUCCUGGUGGUCUUGUUUGUUCAUGGCGUCUCACUGCCAGGAGCUCUUAAUGGCAUUAUUUACUACCUGAAACCAAACUGGAGCAAACUCUCAGAGGCACAGGUAUGGAUUGAUGCUGCCACACAGAUCUUCUUUUCUUAUGCUAUCGGUCUGGGGGCCCUGACAGCUCUUGGGAGCUACAACCGAUUCAACAACAACUGUUACCAGGAUGCAUUCAUUCUGGCUCUCAUAAACAGCGGCACCAGCUUCUUUGCAGGAUUUGUGGUUUUCUCCGUUUUGGGAUUCAUGGCGGCCGAACAAGGCGUUGACAUCAGUAAUGUGGCAGAAAGUGGUCCUGGUUUAGCGUUUAUUGCCUAUCCAAAAGCAGUGUCGCUCAUGCCUUUAGCACCGCUGUGGGCGGUGCUGUUCUUUCUCAUGCUUCUGGUGUUGGGAUUGGACAGUCAGUUUGUUGGUGUUGAAGGCUUUAUUACUGGAAUAAUGGACAUGCUGCCCCCAAAGUCAUUCCUCGGCUCUCAGCGUCGUGAAGUUGUUGUGGCAAUAUGCUGCUUUACCUGUUUUACUAUUGAUCUUUCCAUGGUAACACAGGUACGUCUGAGGCUGACGGUGAGGGGUUCGGCUACUAAAAAGUUUGGGAAGCCCUGUUUUAUAGGAACGAUCUCCCAUUCCAACAAGUGUAUUGAUUCAGGAACAUGUCAUACCUGGGAAAAUCAUGGUGCUGAUCGCUUCAUGGACAAUGUGGCCUGUAUGAUCGGCUAUCGUCCUCUGCCGUAUAUGAAGUGGUGCUGGUCUUACGUCACUCCGGUAGUGUGUAUGGGUGUUUUCUUGUUUCAUGUGGUCAACUACAAGCGAUUAGUGUAUAAUGCGGUGUAUGUGUACCCGUGGUGGGGUGAGGUGCUGGGCUGGUUUCUCGCUCUCUCAUCCAUGCUUUGCAUUCCUCUCACCGUCCUAUACAAACUGCUGCACUGCAAAGGCACUCUCAUGGAGCGUUGGCAGCAUCUGACGACACCUAUCUGGGGUCGACAUCACCUUGAGUUCCUUCCACCUGAGAAUGAAGCCAGACUUCUACCAAAGGCAGAAGAGAAUAAAACCACACUGUUAUAUGAAAGUGUCAUUUAAUAUCUUGGCUAGCACUAGCAAAUGAUCUGAUACAGACAACACUGCCCUGCACACACACACACACACAGUGGUGUUCGCUCUGUUAUGAGCUAGAGAAUCAUUCAAGUCAAGUCCAUGCUACACAGCAGAGCACCUAUAAGGGUUAGUUCACCCAAAAAUGAAAAUUAGCCCACAAAUUACUCA